CCAGCAUGGCUACCACCGCAUUCUGCAGCGAUACGCCAGCCCAUCUGGUCUGUGUUUAGUGGGAGUGUCAUUUGUUUUUCAACAGGACAAUGACCUAACCCACCUCCAGGCUGUGUAAGGGCUAUUUGACCAAGAUGAGUGAUGGAGUGAUGCACAAGAUGACCUGGCCUCCACAAUCACCUGAUCUCAACCCAAUUGAGAUGGUUUGAGAUUAAUUGGACCGCAGAGUGAAGGAAAAGCAGCCAACAAUUGCUCACCAUAUGUGGGAACUCUUUCAAGACUGUUGGAAAAGCAUUCCAGGUGAAGCUGGCUGAUAGAAUGCCAAGAGUGUGCAAAGCUGUUAUCAAGGCAAAGGGUGGCUACUUUGAAGAAUCUCAAAUAUAAAAUAUAUUUUGAUUUGUUUAACACUUUUUUGGUUACUACAUGAAUCCAUAUGUGUUUCAUAGUUUUGAUGUCUUCACUAUUUUACAAUGUAGAACAUAGUAAAAAUAAAGAAAAACCCUUGAAUGAGUGGGUGCAUCCAAACUUCUGACUGGUACUGUAUAGUUUACACCAAAGGGUAAAAUCUAUAUAUUUUCAGCAAAAUAGUGCGUCUCAGCGUCUGUGGUCUAUGAUUUAUGCUUAAUGAUGUGGACUGCAAAUUACACCAUAAUGGGGGUAGGCCUGGGCUCACAGAAAUAAGAAUGAAUAGAAUGGGCUUGGAACUCUAACCCUGGAAAUUGACUGGUAAACUCAUGGGUACACUGCCAACGGCUGCCUGGUAUUGUGACGCAAUAAUUUCAAUUGUAGUUUUGAAUUUCUCUUUAUUCUUAUUUCUAAGCCAGUUUAAUAUUCAGUAGCAUUCAAGCUUUGGCAACCUCAGAUGAAGUACGAUGUUUUACCGGCUCAUUUUGGAGACCAACGUAGACUAGACCUGUAGCAUGGACAGCGACGAGGCCCGAAAAGGGUUACAGGAAGCCCCAGAGAGGACAUUCCCUGUAUUCUUCAGAGGAAAACUGGGGGAGAAGCUCCAUCAGGAGACCCCCGGGUUUGACCUGUUGGACCCCAACAUGAGAGUCAUGGAUGUUAGUUAUAACUGCCUCCACGACAAACACCUGAAGAGUUUUUUCCGCCAUCCGGAAAGGAAGAAGCGGCUGGUGAAGCAAGGCCUCAUCACCUCAAAUGAGAAGGUGCUGUGUACGUGUAAAGAGUACAAUCGCUACAGUAGCUACAUCAAGUCAGUUCAGUUGCUGUGGGAGAAGCAGUGCUGUGCCCAGCAGGUUAGAGUGGUCUACUUUCUAGAUGCACAAUUAUAAAAACACAAAAGCUAUAUUGUAAGACACACCUUUCCAUGCGUUUUAUUUCAACUGUGUAUGUAACUUGCUGUCGCUCAUGGAUCGGGAAAGGG